GUCAGCCGCAGGCAAACUGUCUCUUCACUUCAAGAUAUUGCUGUCUUUCUCUUCAGGUUAUAUUUGAUUUUUGAUUUCGAUCACAAUUAAGAUGCACAGGGCCUACCAGCCGAUAACUCCCGCGAACAACAAGCUCUUGAAGAAACGAUGGGAUAUGAGCAGAUACCAUACGCACAGGAGAAAGGUGCAGUCAGCCAAAGCAGUCAUUGAUAACAAGCCUCCUCAGACCUACAUGCAUUUACAUCUUAAGCUUAAGAAGUUACAGGUCGAGGAAGAAACAUUGGCCACUAUUGAAAGAGACAAUCGUAUCCUGCUGGAAAAGAUGUCAUUUGUAAUGAGGACUCGUGGACGAGUGGAUAACAGGAAUGACUACGAACACAAGAGUUUGAACAAAACAAAGAGACAAAGGGAACUUCUCAGAGUCACUCAUGAAAACCAAGCUAUUUUAAAACGGAUAUCUUCAAAAGAGCCACAUUAUAACCAUCUUCAAUGGGAGGAUGAAUGGCAAAUCAAUGAAACAUACAUGGACAACAUCUCCAAGUAUCCAAAGGACUGGUACAAACAAUUGACACGCAAGAAGAAACCAAAACAAGAGGAGACAAGCGAGCGACCUAAGAAUGACAAGCGACACAGCUCAAAUCAGUCAGACAAAGCCACUAAGGAAGCCAAGGACAAACAAGAAUCAUCCGAUAAUGGCAACGGUGCAGGAGCUGGAGGCAAAUCUGAUGAAGACAAAGAUGCAGUACCGGAAUGAAGAAACAGUGCCUUAAUUUAUAAAUUAUAAGAGUGCAAUGGAUAAGUUAAUGUUAUUGUAUAAUGCGACUUAAAAUUUUGUAAAUAAGAUUUUUUUAUCAGAGUGCGAUAAUUUAAAGUUUUUCUUUUCCCAAAACUUCACAUUUUUGUUUUACUUUUUAUAAAGAAAGAAGUCAAGAUUUUCUUUUUGAGUGUGAUUUUCAUCUUUUGUGAUGCAAAGUUUAUAACUAAAUACAGUUCAGGUUUGUAAGAAGAAAUUCAAUUUAAUUUUAAUAAUCUUGGGUAGCCUUGAAGCAUUAUCCUGCUGACUUAAAUUUCUGUCAAUUUUGGUAGCUGUGCUCAGGGAUCUGUUGUUAUGGAUGUAAACUCAACUGAGCUGUUUUAAAUUACAUUUUAAUGUAAUAAAUAAAUGGCAUACAUUACUGAAAAGUAUUCAUUUAUCCUUUUAUGGGCUUGUUUAAUGUUCUUAGUCAUUUCAACCAUGCAACUUAUUAAUAGUCAGUGUGGGGAAUUUGUGAGUCGAUCUUUUUGAAAUAACAAUGGAAAACUACCCUGAUAUGCCAGUGAGUGAUGAAUGCCGAGCAUAAAAGAAAUAAAGUAUGAACGAAUCAUUCAGA